CUCCGCCCUGCUCUAGAUUCCACCCGGGCCCCGUUGGCGCCGUACGCAGUGGUGGAGACUGACAUGGAGACGGCGGGCGCUGGCCCUGGCGAGCCUUCUCACCUGGAGACUCCGGCGCCCACGGACGAUCGGCUUUUCCUGGUUAAAGGUGGAAUUUUCCUUGGUUCUGUUGCCGCAGCAGGAAUGUUGGCUGGAUUUGUUACCACACUAUCAUUGGCUAAAAAGAAAAGCCCUGAAUGGUUCAAUAAGGGAAGCAUGGCUACAGCUGCCUUACCAGAGAGCGGGUCUUCCCUUGCCUUGAGAGCUCUUGGCUGGGGCUCACUUUAUGCCUGGUGUGGGGUUGGUGUGAUCAGCUUCGCAGUCUGGAAAGCUUUAGGAGUUCACAGUAUGAAAGACUUUCGAAGUAAAAUGCAAUCGAUAUUUCCAACAAUUCCCAAGAACUCCACGUCAGCUGUUGAGUGGGAGGAAGCACUGAAAUCUAAAUAGAAGGACAUGGGUGAAUUCCAGAAUGAUUGCUGCAGGAAGGGUGGUUUUGGAAACACCACCAUACUUGAAAAGGGACUGGGAGCAAUUUCCCCAUCGAUCACCAACAGAUUGUGAUGAAGUGCAGGACGGCAGUGUCGAGGCUCCCUGGCAGGCGCUCUUUCUGUGUGCCUGAGUCUGUCGGGAGGGAAAUGUCUUCCCAAAGUUCAGAUGACUAUUUAACAAUAAUAAUCAUGGGUGGAGGGGGCGCAAAGGAAGGAUGUCUGUUUGGAACAAUAAACCAAGGUGGAGGGGGCCCAAAGGAAAGACGUCUGUUUGGAACAAUAAACCAAGGGUUGUACCUGGGAAAAAAAGAGUUUAUAAUAAAGUAUGACAAAGAAUCUUUAUAAGCAAA